GUCAAGUCCUCCGGGGGCAGCAGCGGGAAGAGAGAAAGCGACCCGCCCCAGCCUCGCCCCGUCCCUUCCUUGGGCUGCGCCUGGUCCCUGGGGAGUGGGAGAUCAUGGGGGGCCUCCAAAGCCGGGCCGAGCCGCGCCCCCCUCCUGCCCUUCUUCCUCCUGGGGCUCAGGCUGAGCAGAGCCCCCGCGGCAGGUUGGAGGGGGUCCCCGGUUCGGAUUCCGAAGGCAAUUUUGGGACUCCUGAGGCAGAGACGCCAAUACACUCCUUGGGGAAAGAGUUGGAAGAACUAGAUCUGGAACUGGAUGUUGAGCCCCAAGCAUCUCUGGAAGACCAGUUUGUCUCCAAAGUUUUGGAGGAGACAUCAGCUUCAGCAGAGGAUGAAUUGCAGACUGACUCUGCAGAUGUGCAAGCCAGCGACGCAUUUAUAUCAAAAGCCCACCUUGGCAUUGAGCAGGGUUCAUCCGUGUCUUCUUCUCCAUUAGAGGCUACAGAGGAGAAUACGGUUCCAGCGAGGCUCAACCCAGACCACACGUCAGGCACGCCGUCCCGAGAGGAGCAAAGGGACAUUUUGAAGGAAAGCCAAGACAUCCCCAUUCAAGAACCUUCAGAAGUCAAGUCAAGUGUUGAGAAUAUUGCUAGUAAUAAGAGCAAGCUCCCGAGGGCGAAACCCAUCGCUCUUCAAAAGAAAAUGGGGGGAGAGAACUCCGAGGCUGAAGUGACUACCGAAAGCCCCCCUAUUCCCAAAGCUACCUACCACUUCGAUCCAGAGGAAUACAAUGAGACUGUGAACCCCUUUAGGAUGGGAGGCUCCAAAUGUCCAAACUCGCCCCCUGCUUCUCGGCCAAGUGCUGAUCUUCCCCAUAGUGACCCCAAGCAUCCCAGCUCAGCGGGAGCUGGAGAUUGCAAGACCAGGGCCGUGAAACUAGAGUUUGAUUUUGCCGAAGAAGCAGAAAACGCCGAGCCCAAGAAGCUCCCAGCAAGAAAAAUGGGGAAGAGGCCAAGCAGUAAGUUGUCUCCUAAGAGACAAAGGGCCACCCGACCUGUUGUAGGUCCCGAGGAUGGAGAGAAGACAAUAGCGACUGAAACAUCGGUGGCACCUCUGACCAGAGCGACUCCCCUGGCGGACACCAACCAAUGGGAUGACCCUGCCUUUAACCCCUUUGUGGGCAGCUCCUCUUUGCAGGAUUCUCCCACGCUCACAAAACGUUCCUAUCAUUUGGACGUGGGUGACCCUUUCAAGCCGGGCAGCAAGACCUUGUCCACCGUAGGAGCUGAUUCUUGUCCUUCCGCAGAGAACAGUCUCAACGAGAUCCUGGAGUCGCAAGCCCGAGAGGCCGCGGGAGAUGAUUUGAAGACAAGCUUGGCCCCACAGAGCUCCAGAUCACGGCUGAUAACGACUACAGAACAAGUGAAAUUUCUCUGUUUUCUGUUGAGUGGCUGCAAGGUGAGAAAAUAUGAAACUCAUUCCUUGGCCCUGGAUUCUUGCGCUCAG